GUUAAAAUGCUUUUUAGCUCGACUAUACGAAGUAUAUGGAGAGCUGUCCUACUCGCCCCGGCGUCGGCGUCGGCGUCGGCGUCCGCGUCCGCGUCCAGAUUUUAGAUUAAAGUUUUGGUGCAGUAAAAUAUUUUUCACUAUAACUUUGUCAUUUCUUAAGGUAUCAACUUCAAACUUCAAAUAUAUGUUCCUUAUCAUCAACCACAUCUUAUGUGACAAGGUUCAUAACGCUAGCACCAAUAUUUUUAGAUUUAUCUCCCCUUGAACUUAGAAUUUUCCUUAAAAAAUACUAUUUUUUACUGUUACUUCUUUAUUUCUUAAGGGAUCAACCUCAUACUUCAAAUAUAUGUACCUUAUCAUCAUCCCCAUCUUAUGUGACAAGGUUCAUAACUCUAGCACCAAUAUUUUCAGAUUUAUCUCCCCUUGAACUUAGAAUUUUCCUCAAAAAAUACUAUUUCUUACUGUUUCUUCUUUAUUUCUUAAGGGAUCGACCUCAUACUUCAAAUAUAUUUACGUUAUCAUCAUCCCCAUCUUAUGUGACAAGGUUCAUAACUCUAGCACCAAUAUUUUCAGAUUUAUCUCCCUUUGAACUUAGAAUUUUCCAUAAAAAAUAUUAUUUUUUACUGUAACUUAUUUAUUUCUAAAGGGAUCAACUUCAUACUUCAAAUAUAUUUACGUGAUCAUCAUCCACAUCUUAUGUGACAAGGUUCAUAACUCUAGCACCAAUAUUGCAAGAAUUAUCUCCCCAUAAACUUAGAUUUAUUUACUAGAAAAAUGUUAUUUUUUAUUUUAACUUUUUUAUUUUUAAAGGUAUCUACCUCAAACUUCAAAUACUUAUUCCUUAUCAUUAAUUACAUUUUAUGUGACAAUGUUCAUAACUCUUGAAGCAAUAUUUACAGAUUUAUCUCCCUUUGAACUUAGGAUUUUCUUUAAGAAAUAUAAUAACUUCUUUACUUUUUAAGGUAUCUACUUCAAACUUCAAAUAUAUAUUUCUUAUCAUUACACAAAUGUUGUGUGGCAAGAUCCAUAACUCUAGCAUGACUAUUUCUAUAAUUAUUCCCCUUGAUCUUGGAAUUUAUGUUAACAAAUGUUAUUUUUUUACUAUAACUUAAUACAUAAUUAUACAUAAUUGAUUUUUCUUUCAUAGUUUUGUCCUCCUUACUGCGUCCAGUAUUUUAUUAGUCGAGCUUCGCUGUCUCCUGUGACAGCUCUUGUUUCUAAUUUGAUCAUGAUGUCUGACAGGUUAUAUGGCUUCUUAUAAUAAUGCAUAUUAAUCUCUUGAAUUUUGAUUGGCCCCAACACUUAAUGUAUGAUGCUAUAUAUACUGAUCUGACGCGUGCACAAAUAAUGUAUAUCUACAUUAGUGCAUAAAUAGAGGAUAUUGAAUGAGUGUAAGUUCAAUACUGAAUUUAUUGCACGAGUUGAAUAAAAAUAUAUUAUGCGAGCCUCUGUUAUUUUAUUCAACGAGUGCAAUAAAUUCAGUAAUGAACUUACACGAAUUUAAUAUUCUAUUUAUCACAUACCAAAAAUAAAGACCGUUUAUGGUGUAAUAAGAGUCAUAUUUCAAUGACGCGCCUAUAGUAUAACGCUAACAUUUAGCGCGUCUUUACACUAUGUUUGUAUAACGCUAAUGACGUCACGUUAAAAUAUAUGCACGGCCGUGCAAUACCAUAUUUACGGAGCCGCAAAAUCGGCACGGGUGUGUGAUAAAAGUUAUUAUUGUGUUUUUGCCAUAUCUUUUCAAUUAAAAUGUCUUACAUAAAAAACUAAAGCACUAUGUUGACUUUAUAUAUGAAUUACUUAUUACUGUGCAGUGUUCACACAUGAGUUGAAUGACUGAUGUCAUCUUAUUUUUGUUUAAAAUUUCUCAGUUUCUUUAGAGCUUAUAGUCAUUAUUCUCAUGCAAAUCUUCUCUGUCAAGCUGCUUGGGUUAUAUAAGUUAAUGGCCACAUAAACUGUCUGACAUCUUAAUAAAUAAUAAUAUAAGCAUUAUACUGAAUUUAACCAUUUGAGCAUAGAAUCUACAGAGCUUUUUUAUUGUCUGCCUUUGAUAUAGUUUUCAUAUCAUAGUCUUGAUGUUGUCAGUGAGUGUGAUUUUUGUGUUGAUAUGUUUUUAAUAUAUAAUUGUAAAUUUGCUACAAAAAAUUCAACAUGAUUUAAUUAGUACAUGCAUUUACAAAGCAUCCAAAACUUGGAUUGAUCUUAAGGACCCAUUUUUGGAGAGAAAUGCAUUUUUUUCACUUUUUCUAGAGUUCUUUAUUUUUAGUGUUCUGAUUAAGUUUCCAAACAAUUAAUCAUUAGCCAAAUAUCUGAUUCAGCUGUUGCUUCUGUUGAGUUCUUUUGGCAAUCAGUACAAUGUAAGUGAUUAAGUAUUUUGUAUAGUCAAACUACUAUUUUGUUUACAUUUUGCUAGUUUGUAACAAAUAAUGUCUCAUUCAGCACUAAAUUCUUCAUGCAAUAAGAUUGUGACAUGCUCAUAAACAGUUACUUAAAUAUUAUGAAACUAUGUUUGCCUGUUCCUAUACUGGUCAGGGACCAUCAACCGGACACUUUUUGACCACUUUUCUGUACAGAUUUCAUAAUUUUUAACCUAGAGACCAACAAAAUUGACAAGGUUCAGCUAGGUUCUUCUCCUAACUAACAAACUAGUUUGUUUAUUUCUGAUUUUAUUGACACUUAUAUCUGAGGCUCGACAAGGAGGUAUCAAAAUUACCUCAAUUGUCUACACUACAGUACCAUGUGUCCGGACAUUAAUGUACAUGGCGUGAUAUAAUUCAGAUAAAAGCUUGGGUGUUUUGAUUUUUAAAGCGACUCCACUAAGGUUUAAAUGCCUAAAAAUUACAUAAAUGAGCUGGGGCACUUUAAACAGAAAUAUAUGCAAAGAUAGUUCAGAAAUAUACUUUGAAAUAAAUUUAAAAUCAUAUUUUUAUGCUUUUCUUAGCCAAAUUUGAGUGAAAAGCGUUUAAACGCUUUUCAUUUUGGGUCAUUUUUUUACAUUUUAAAUUACUAUUCUGAUAAAACGAAGUGCGCAAAUGAUCUGAAAUUUUGCACAAAGAUUAGUGGUUUAAACCUUCAUCAAAUGGUACAUUUAUCUGGAAAAAAUAUUUUCAGUCCCAUCAUGUCAAAAAACCUCAGUGGAGUCCCUUUAACAUGAUAGACAAUAUUUCAGCAACAAAUGUUAAAGUUUUGGAAAUUCUAUUAUUUACUCUGCAAAUGAUUAUAGCUGGUAUAUAAGGUCAAGCAUUGUUUUCUUGACCCCCAAAUUUCAAGGUCAACAUUCUUGAAAGAGCCAUUAAAAUAUUACCAUUUACGGUGGUUGAAAUAAAUUUAUUUAUUUAUUUUUAGAAGAAACACGCAUUUAUUGUUGAUAAAAAAGUGACUCGCAACCACUGAACAAAGAAAAUACUAAAUUAAGCAUUUUGGGGCCGUCCGGGUUUGGUGGUUGUCCAGUUUUGGUGGUCCCCAACCAGUAGAGGAAACUCUUUAACUGCAUACCAUGCUUGUUUGACUGUUAUAUAAACAUUUAUAGACUUUUCAGAACUCCACCCAUCUGGAUUCUGUCAAAAUCUCCCAUCUGAGAGAGUUGAUACCUUCAAGGAAAGUGAUGUUGUAGAGGCCUCAGUUACCACAGAUGUAUCUUUGUCAACAGUAACCACUUCUUCACCUGAUUUACCUUUAGAAUAUCCACUACCAUCAGAUAAACCAAAGACAAAAUGGAGCAAGAGAGCUGCUUCAAGUGCUCCGAAAGAGUCAAUUCGGCAAAUGAUGUUUUCACCUGUACCAGGAAAAAAGCUAAGAACUGAAGUUACAGCACAGACAAGUCCAUAUACAACCAUGCCACAGACAAGUCCAUAUACAACCAUGCCACAGACAAGUCCAUAUACAACCAUGCCACAGACAAGUCCAUGUACAACCAUGCCACAGACAAAUCCAUGUACAACCAUGCCACAGACAAGUCCAUAUACAACCAUGCCACAGACAAGUCCAUAUACAACCAUGCCACAGACAAGUCCAUAUACAACCAUGCCACAGACAAGUCCAUGUACAACCAUGCCACAGACAAGUCCAUGUACAACCAUGCCACAGACAAGUCCAUGUACAACCAUGCCACAGACAAGUCCAUGUACAACCAUGCCACAGACAAGUCCAUGUACUUCAACCAGACCUACAAGUACUGAUCAAGCUUCAAGUGCCACUACAAGCUUAGACACACGGUACCCAAUUUAUGCCAAGUGGAGAGAUAGUAUUCCAGAGGAGGAUGUACGCUGGAUUUCCAAAGCUCUCUUCACUACAGUUACUGAUAAAAGGGGUGAGAGAGCCCACUUGAUUCUCGAAAGAGUAACGAAAAUGUGGUGGUACCCACCUGAGCCACCAUUCCUUGUUCAAGGUCGCCCAUCAGUGGAGCAGUACUUUGGCCACCGACUUUUCCUCUGGAUGCCCCACAAACUUUGGCAUGUUUCACUUAAAUGCCCACACGAAAGCUGCCAUGACAUCCAGCUGACAGCGUCUGGUAUUUACAACAAAUUAAGACGAGUUGUAGAUAUAAGCUCAAUAUACCUUUUAGCGUCAGAAUAUUUACAGUGUCCUUCUUGUAAAAGGAAAGUGAUUGCAUGGAAUCACAAUAUUAUUAGUCAGUUAGACAUUCCAAAGCAACAAGUGUUUCCAUGCAUUCUUACUUCAAUGAAGGCUUGCGAUAAGAAAGUUGUCCGACUUCUACGGGAAAGAGGUCUGGGAAAUAGUUCGUCACAGAUUCAGAAAAAGCUACAUGAGGGACAUAGUGAAGAGUGGCUGUCAAAAACAACUCAAUAUCUCUCCGACUGUAUGACACUGAAGAGAGCAUCUUCAAGUGGACUUGUUGCCGCCUUUACCUGCCAGGACCCACCAACCAUGCUCCCAGUGCCACAAUUUCGCUGGCUUAUGCAGGUAUACAUUCAAGAUGUCUUGUUUCGUCUUGAGGAGACCAAGGCAGAGGUUACAUCUGUGUUUGGGCGAGUUUUGAAGAUGGACUCCACCAAAAAGAUUGUUGGGAAGUUGGCUGGCCCAGUUCGUGGAACAGCUCUUUGGGCAAGCAACAUUGGCAAUGAGUAUGGGCAAGUCCUCAUGUCAGUGGUGACAGCAGGAGAAGGUCAUGGCCUUGGAUUAAUGGCCAAUGGCAUUAUGAAAAGGUACAGGGAUGCUGAUGUUGUUUGCCCCGAGGUCCUCUAUGUUGACAGAGACUGCUGUGGUUCCUCCCCAGUUAGAACACUUUUUCAUGAGUGGAAGGACAUCCCAAUCCGUCUCGAUAUAUGGCAUUUUAUGAGGAGAAUGUCAGGAGGGUGUUCUACCGAUUCACAUCCACUUUAUGGAUCGUUGAUGAAUGGAAUCAGUAGAUGCAUCUUCAUGUGGGAUCAGGAUGAUCUGGAAGCUCUGAAGGAAGCCAAGCGGCAAGAACUCCGGAUGAAUCAUGUGAACUUAAGGGAUGAUGCCGACUUAAUGAACCACAUCAAAAAGCAGGAGCUAGCUCUCCAUUGUAGACGUACGACUCGAGGUGCGGAUGUCACUCUACAACUUAUUUCAAAACUCUUGGAUGGAUACAGAGAUGCAAAGGAUACCCUUGGUGUUCCAUUACUUAAAGUUCAGGUGAUGGACACCAUUUGGGCAAAACAACAGAAGCAUUUGCCCUGUAUUCAAGACCCACCAGGAGUUCAGCUAUACAUUAAAACUGGAUCAUUGAGAAAAGGAUCAACUGUGCUUCCAACAUAUAGAUGUGCUAGAGGUUCCACGUCUCUGGAGAGUUUUCACCUCCACAUGAACAGAUUUAUCCCAGGAUCAUUGGCUAAUGACGUAUUAUACCAAGCCUACCUUGUGGAGGGUCUUUCCAGAUGGAACCAGAACAGGAGAGCGGAUGCCACAUUGGCUGUGAAAGCUGCACCGCACAGUUAUAGCCAGCUUCUAAGAGACACUGCCAACAGCCUGGGUGAAGCAGUGCUUGGAAGGAAAAUCAUAGAUCCAGUUACAAGUGCCCGAAAGUAUACAGGUGAACUAAUUGGCUUGGAUUACCUAUUACACCAGACUGGGAAGUCUUUAGAGUAUACAUCCUUCAUAGAUGCUCUAGAGAAUGCAGAUGAUAUCCAUCCAGAUCUUCCUGAUGAGAUAGAUGAUGCCACAACAUGCAUGGAUGAUCUGGACAGCGAGCUCUGCACCACUGCCACUCUUGAGGUGGAGGAUGUACAGAAACCCAACCAGUCUGGGAAAACAGCGCCAGUACCACCCAUUGUUUCGAUUCUUACACAGGCUGAAGAAAUGGCUUUGUUUGAAGAUUAUCAGCACAUAGCCACUCCUUUGACUUUGGAACAGCCCAGGAUGCAAACAGCAGCAAGUUCAAUUAUUGUUGAGAAACAGACCACAGUUUGUCUAGAUGAUUCUGUUGGUCCAGAUAAUUUGCCCGGCUAUGCUGCAAUCCAGGACUUGGCAAAGCAUUUAGUUUCAAUGGUUGAUGGGAAUCUCUGCCUUUCAUCAGAGCAAGCUGCACAUACAAUUCAGCUCUGGAACGCCCUUUCUCCCCAUGAUCAAAGGCGUACAGUUUUUGCAGAGAGAUAUAACCCUCAGGCGACACAUAAAUUCAGGGCUCCAAAAAAGAUAAUACAACCAGGAGUGCAGAGUACAGAGUGUAGUGUUCGAGCGCCUGAUUCAAUCCCAGCAGCCAAGCCAGACUGCAACAGAUAUGUUGAAGCUGUUGUUCAGCGUUUGUGUUCCAUGUUCACCAGCUCACGCACUUCACAAGGAAGGACAAAGACAAGAUGGAGUUUGAUAAUGGAAGCGUAUAACAAGAUUCAUACAACAAUCCAUAACAAUGCAGUAGUUAUGGAUUGUACAGACAUUCAGCUCCCUUCCUUAAAUCAGAGGACAUUACAGGCAUGGCACAACAAUAAAUUGAGACAGGAAAAUGUGAAGAUGCUGUCACAGGGGUUAAGUUUGCCGAAACCAGAGAUGACAGCACCACACCCUCUUCUGACGCCCAUUACACUACCAGCAAAAUUACAAGUUGGACCUGCACAACAGGAGAAUCCAUUAAGAUCCCCUCCAAACACAGCUGGUAGUGUCAAGCCAAAGAAGAAGUUGCUGAAGCACAAAGUAAGCAAAUCAGUUUCAGCUUCUCAGACAACAACAACAACACAAGUAUCAAAUCCUGAGUCUCCACUUUUUGUUGUUGUUCCACAACAAGCUCCUGUGCAGACUUCAAUGCCAGUAUCUUCGCCAGAUAUCCAUUACCAAACAAUGAGAUAUAGACGCAUUAAAUCAAAAGAAAUGGAAGAGGGCAAGGUGAGACGGAAAUAUGUGCAGAGUAAAUCUCACAGAACAUGCAAAAAAUGUGGAGACACUAUCAGCAAAGACACCCACAAGAACCUUUGGGGUGCUCUUCAUUGUCCGAAAACCUCCACAGAAACAUUGGAGGAAUUUACUGCUCGGAGAAUAAAUGAAAGAGCAGCCAGAAUGAAACAAAAAAAAGACUAGAUACAGUAGUUUUAUUUUAAAGAAGAAGUUUAUUAUGAAGUAACUUUAAUAAUUGUUCAUUGAUAUGACACUGAUAUUGACAGUGAAAUAAUUGUGUUAUAGUAUACUCAUGUGACAGCAUUAUAGUGUUUAAUUAAUGGCCUAAUAGUGACAUUGGAGUUAAAGUAUACUCAUGUGACAGCAUUAUAGUGUUUAAUUAAUGGCCUAAUAGUGACAUUGGAGUUAAAGUAUACUCAUGUGACAGCAUUAUAGUGUUUAAUUAAUGGCCUAAUAGUGACAUUGGAGUUAUAGUAUACUGAUGUGACAGCAUUAUAGUGCUUAAUUAAUGGCCUAAUAGUGACAUUGGAGUUAUAGUAUAAUGAUGUGACAGCAUAAUAAGUGUUUAAUUCAUGGCCUAAUAGUGACAUUGGAGUUAUAGUAUACUGAUGUGACAGCAUAAUAAGUGUUUAAUUAAUGGCCUAAUAGUGACAUUGGAGUUAUAGUAUACUGAUGUGACAGCAUAAUAAGUGUUUAAUUAAUGGCCUAAUAGUGACAUUGGAGUUAUAGUAUACUCAUGUGACAGCAUUAUAGUGUUUAAUUAAUGGCCUAAUAGUGACAUUGGAGUUAUAGUAUACUCAUGUGACAGCAUUAUAGUGUUUAAUUAAUGGCCUAAUAGUGACAUUGGAGUUAUAGUAUACUGAUGUGCCAGCAUAAUAAGUGUUUAAUUAAUGGCCUAAUAGUGACAUUGGAGUUAUAGUAUACUGAUGUGACAGCAUAAUAAGUGUUUAAUUCAUGGCCUAAUAGUGACAUUGGAGUUAUAGUAUACUGAUGUGACAGCAUUAUAGUGCUUAAUUAAUGGCCUAAUAGUGACAUUGGAGUUAUAGUAUACUGAUGUGACAGCAUAAUAAGUGUUUAAUUCAUGGCCUAAUAGUGACAUUGGAGUUAUAGUAUACUCAUGUGACAGCAUUAUAGUGUUUAAUUAAUGGCCUAAUAGUGACAUUGGAGUUAUAGUAUACUGAUGUGACGGCGGUAUAACUGUUGAAUAAAUGGGCUGAUACUGGCAUUGGAGUUAUAGUGGAUUGAUGUGACAGCGGUAUAAUGUUGAAUUAAUAUGCUGAUACUGGCAUUGGAGUUAUAGUGGACUGAUGUGACAGCGGUAUAACUGUUGAGUUAAUAGGCUGAUACUGGCAUUGGAGUUAUAGUGGACUGAUGUGACAGCGGUAUAACUGUUGAAUUAAUAGGCUGAUA